AUGCCCCGCGCUUUUCUUGUCUUUUUGCUGCGGCACAAUAGUCCCGAACAGUGCGAGAAUAUCAUUGACACGGUGUUCCAGAACUCUGCUCCGGUUCCUGUACCGCUGAUUCUGGUCAUGGUGGAUCACUUUAUCGAGCAAGGCGGUGCAGAGCGGGCGAUUGAGCUUCUCUCAAGCAUACCUAUGGAGGAACGAGAGCGUUUCAAGCAGGAGAUUCUUGACCGCCUCCCGAAAUUGGUGAGGCUUGACAGUAUCGAGGACUCUGGAGCUGGCCGCAAUUUCAAAAUCCUGCCCCGUCUCAUGGAGAUUGGUAUGCCGCUGGAUAAGAACGUGUAUAACAGUGUCCUUCAGCAGGCAAUCUCUCUACGAUUAUCGAACGUGGCAUGGGAAGUGUUUCGUUUUAUGGAAGCAGAAAGAAUCUACGUGGAUGCCAGAAGCCAUCUGGUACUGCUCAGGGACAGUUUUGACCGGCAGGACCGGGAGAAGCUGGAUAAGAUCUUGUCUGCUAUUCAUCAACGCGAGGACCUUUAUCGGGAUCCAUAUCUUGUUGCAUAUACUAUGCACAUUGUCCGAAUUGUUUGCUGCUUCGAUCGCAAGCUACCGCCAGAAGUCUGCUUCGCUCAUAUUCUUGCCAUCUAUGAUCGAGCCUACAAUCGGGCACCUCUAGUCAAGCUCGGCCUUGCGGACCCUCUCCCUACUGAACAACAUUCGGCAUCACAACUGCCGGAGCCUCGUCCGGCGGCACUGGGAUUUACGAUUUGGGCUUACGUCCUCUGCCAAUCAGAUGAGAAGCCUGUCUCGAGGCUGUGGCAUUGGAUUGCUCAUUUGAUACAGCACAAGGAUGCAAGUAUAUGUGAGGCAGCGAAGCACGACAUCUUGUACAAUGGCUUUGUCUCCUUUUUUGCUCGCGAUCCGUCUACACUGCGAAAGGGACUUGAGGUCGUCGAAGAGAUGAUUGAGCUCGGAUUAUGCUUAACCACCCAGCGGACGUGGAGCGAGGUUCUUUCCGGCUUCUUGCGGCAUGGGGAAGAGGACGCGGCGGAGAAGAUCUGGCGGACAAUGUUGGCAAGAGGCGUCGUCCCUUCAGAGAAGGAAUGGUCGUUUCUGCUCAGACGAUAUGAGAAGUCGCGACUUUCGCAAGUUGUACGAUAUGUUUUGAACGAACGACAAAUGCCGGAGGGGCUGGAGUCAGCUCUAGGCUCGCCAGAAGAGCUGGAUGCAACCGCAACGGAAGCUCGUAAAGCGCCAUCAGUGCAGACGGAGUACGAUGCAGAAGAAGAAUCGGAUGUGGGACAUUUGAGGGACCUGAGAAUCUGGGCUGAUAGCGGUCAUCGAGAUUUAGAAAUGCCAGGGAAGGAUAGGUGA